UAGUCCCCCAGGUAAGAUAGAGCAGGAGGUUUCCUUAGUGAGGAGGUUUUGCUUUUUCCGCUUCUAAACAAAUAUAUUUCACCUGUGAUGAUCCACUUGGAACUUAAAAACUAGCUACUUAGAUUUGAGACCCCUACUUCAACUUGGUGCCUCUGUAUAAAAACCCAUCAAAAGGCUCUUGGGUUCCCCAUGUCUAGCUCCCUCUCCGAUUCUGUUCCAGAUUUCUGUUUCAUUAUAUUGUUCCUUUCCCCCUGCUAGCUAUGUCGGGUUUCUUUGGAUUCAAACGAGAGAGUUAAUCAGAAGAAAAAAAAUGAAGAACACCAGUGCAGCUAUGUUUUUGAAACACAUAAUCUCUGUGUUGUGCUCUAUGACCAAAGUUAGAUCGAUGGCCAUCAGAGACAAAACAAACGCCCUGAAAGCUCGACUCGUAGUGCUGUCACUGUUGAAGAAUAAAAAGUUUUCCCUCGGUUCGAUCCCUGAAAAGAUUCAUGCAAUCCUAGGGCAGCAGGACAGAAAGAGAGGCAACGAAGAUGACGACCAAAGCAAAUUAAGCAAUGCCAUUAUACGUUAUAAUGCCUCGGAACCAUCCAGCGCAAAAAGCACCCAAAUGGGUGGUGGUGGUGAUGAUCGCGACUACUACUCAUACUACUACAACUAUUCCAAUGAUCGUUUCGAGGUGGAUUCAGGGCACGGGAAUAAGUACCCGGAACUGACACAAUCGUUGUUCAAGAGGGAGGAUGAGGAUGAGGAUGAGGAUGAGGAUGAGUUAGACCUGGAUGAUCCUAAUGGAUCGGUCGAUUUGGUGCGGAAUAACAAGGAAGCCGGAGGAGGAGUUAAUCAUGAGGAUUUCAAGCUGGAAGACGAGAUCAAUCAGGUUGCUGACCUGUUCAUAUUGAAAUUUCAUAAGCGUAUGUGGUUGCAGAAGCUCGAAUCAUUCAAGAGGUACCAAGAAAUGCUCCAGAGAGGCACUUAAACUCGACCGAUCCCUUCACAACUCUAACUAAACAUCAUCUGCAGCCAGCCAUGACUAAUUAAUUAAGCUAGCUGUUUCAUCUUCUCCUCUGGUUAAUUAUCCUCGAGCCCCGCAAUGUUUCCUUCUAAUACCUUUAGAAAAUUCCUUUUAUGUUCUACUUGUCUAUUUGGCUUGGAAGAGGUUUGAGGUAAGAAUAACUGACGAUUAAUUACAUGCAUGCAGAAUGUUGGAUUUACUUUUC